GAGCAUUUUGGUCAGAGAAACGGAUGAUGAUUGAUGAUGAGUCACUUUAGUUUUAUUCCCCCCACUUUUGCAAUUUUAUAAUGGUAUAAGUUCUUGAAUUGAAAAGUCAAGAAAUGAGCAGAGAAAGACCAGGAAACCAAGAAGACAAAGUGAUAACAGGGCAAGAUUGUCUUUGGGGUUGAGUUCUCUCCUUCUCUCUUUCUGUCUCACUCUCUCUCUCUCUCUCUCUCAUUCAUCAUCAUCAGCCACCUUUUGCUUUGUCUGUUCGGCUACCGAAGCGCUCACAGGUCAUCAGAAUACUGCUACAUCCUGGAGAAGAGAAAGUUCCUUUGAAGACAUCUUUUGACCCUAACUAUGGAUGCUAGGCCAAGUGACCAUCAGAAAGAUCAGAAACAGACAGAAAAUUCGCUUGCCGAGGUAUCUAGCACUGAAAAACUGUUAUGGGCAUCGGUCAAUUUGAAAGGUCUAUUGCAUCCCGAUGUCAAACAUUUGUAUCACCAAGUCUGUUCAGUUUAUGAAAAGAGCAUCUUGAAAGACUCCGAGCAGGCGGAUUUGCAAGAUAUCGAGUAUUCUUUGUGGAAGCUCCACUACAAGCAUAUCGAUGAAUUUCGUAAACAAAUAAAGAAAGUUUCUAGUUGUAUGAAUUCUGAGGUGCCACAGAAUGUUGCCAAUGCACAAAGAAGCACUGAUGAUUACACUGAAGGAAUCAAGUUAUUCUUGUCAGAAGCAACUAAUUUCUACAACAGUCUCAUUGUCAAGGUACAAAGAUGUCAUGGAAUUCCUGAAGAUACCUUGUUCCACAGAAACAGCGGCAUAGUAAAUAAUGUUGAUCAGAAGAGGAUAAAGAAAUGGCAAUUUUUAUGCCAUCGCUUCCUAAUUUGUCUCGGGGAUCUCGCAAGAUACAGAGAGCUUUACGAAAGACCCGACAAUCAAAACCGUAACUGGUCUAUUGCAGCAGCUCAUUACUUGGAAGCAUCGACAAUUUGGCCAGAUAGUGGAAACCCGCAUAAUCAGUUGGCAUUACUGUCGACUUACGUUGGUGACGAGUUCCUUGCUUUGUACCACUGUAUAAGAAGUUUGGCCAUUAAAGAACCUUUCCCGGAUGCAUGGAACAACCUUAUAUUACUGUUAGAGAAGAGCAGGUCGUCUCUUUUGCAUUCCCAUUCUGCUGAGGCCUCAGUCGAUUUUUCGAUACUUUCUGAAAGAACGAAAGUUCUGACUAAGUUGCAAUCCGGCGAUCUUGUGAUGAACUGCUAUUUAUCUACAGACGAACGUGGUUGCUUAGGAAGAAACUUAUGGCAUCUUUUCGUCAUAAUGAUAAGUUUCUUCUAUGUAAGAUCCAGUUUGGAUGACUUUUUGAGAGCCUUUUCUUCUACAAAAGGAGAAUUGGAAGCUUUGUUAGAUCUGGACGACAUUAAUCUCGAAUAUGCUUUGAAGUCAUAUCAGUUUAUGGAUCCAACAAGAACAGGCCCGUUUCGAGCCGUCCAAGCCAUUUGUGUCUUCAUCUUUGUCAUCCAAAACCUUCCCAAGAACCCAGUAAUGACUAACUUUGAAGACAAGAAGGAAACGCCACCGCUCCUCUCUAGAGACCAUGUAGUGAUGGCUCUAUUUACAUAUGUGAAUCAGCUCGUUGAUCGAGUUGUGAAGGCCAGUCCCUGGGAUUCCUGCCCUCUUUUACCAGCUAUUCUUGUGUUUGUGGAAUGGUUGGCAAAUCUUCCUGCAGAAGAGCAUCUUUGCGGGGCUGAUGAAAAGAGCGAAGCGGCUCUGUCUUCUUUCUGUAAGAGCUUUAUUCGCCUAGUAAACCUCAUGCACUCUCAUGUGGGCGAAGUUAAGCCUCAAGAUUUUGCUCUUUGGGAAGAUUACGAGUUGAGAGGCUUUGCACCUGCUGCACGCACGCAUGUCAUGCUGGAUUUCUCAUCUCAUUGGGAAAAUAGCACCGACUAUCGAAGUGGUAAAGUGUGCCGAGCCCAUCGAAUUAUUGUUGCUGCUGUUAGGAUUGCUGAAAGCUCUGGUCGUCAUCACAGGUGGAUCCAGUAUGAUAAGCUGAGAAGACAAUUCUAUGAGCUGGAGUCAAAUGGAUCUACAGAGAUGAAAUGCUCGGAAAAAGAUAAAUCCACAAUGGGUACCAAUCCAGAACUGAAAAUUUCUCCACCACAGACAAGUGAAGUCACUGAAGAACGAGGAAAGGAAGUCCUCAGAGAAAGUCCGAGAAGAUCUUUCACCUUGGAGGAGGAGGAAGUCAUUCUGUUCAAGCCUCUGACAAGACACAACUCGGCUCCGCUUCAUAGUUACAUCACCAAAAAAGGAGACUCCCAUGAAGAACUAAUGGAUCAAUCAGCACCGCCUGAUGAAUGCUUGCGUCGUGCCACAUCUUUGCUCAUAGCCCAGAACCCUGUGCACAGUGAACCAUCUAAUUUCCAGCCCAACAACAAUAGUUUCAGGCACAAUGAGCCAUUCAAGCAGCAGCACCUGCCGCCGCCAAUUUUUGGUGACAUGGCAAACUUGUUUCCUGGAACCCCAAUCUCUUCCGGUGCCGGGCCUCCCUCACUAAAUGCGUGGGUCCUCAACGGAGGAAGCUUGAACAUGGAUAAAGAGAAAGGGAUCGAUUUGGGUAAACGUCACCUACCUCCUAUAGAGGAAAUAGCUUCUGAAUCACUGGCCGAUCUCUCCAUUAACAAAACCACCGAGCCGCAGAAUCCAGUUGUCGGUUCUUGCUAUGAAUCCGUAAUAACCCAUUACCCUUCUCCUCCUUAUUCCACUCCCGUGCCUUCUGCGCCUCUUUUACCAGAUAAUGCUGUGUGGUUUAGCGGAGUGAAUACAUCUAGUUUCUCUGAUCACAAGACAAACGAGACAAUUGGGGUAACUGAGAAUUUUCUCAACGCAUCACCUGGGAAGAGCUAUCCAGAUUAUGCUGUUCCUCUUGCACCUAAUGCUUCUAGUAUUGGUGCCGCCGGCUUUAACUAUGUAUACCCUAUACAAUGUGGAAUGAGUUCUUCGGAAUGGCUUCGCCAGUUCAGAGAAAUCAACAAUCUCCAUCAGGGCAAUAACGGUCAAUUGUUGAGUCCUAGUUUCCAUGGUCCUGGAAACACCGGAAACGUUUAUCAUCUCGGCGUCCCUCAAAUCAAUCCGAUCAACUCAUGGGUAACUCCCUCGUUCUCUAACCAAACAGUAUACUCAAACCACCAGGCUGCGACUCCCGGAUUUCCUGCCUUUUACGGAGUGGACGAGCCAAAGGACAGAGUCUAUCAUGCGUAUUAUCGAGCAAGUCCUUAUGGUUGCGGUGCUGUGACAGCGGAACCGAGAGACGAUCAGCAGGUGCUUCUGCAAUACCUUAAAGAGAGAGAAUGGAGGCUCCAGCAGGAUCCUAACCUGCGAGGUCCCACGUUCUAGGAGAUGAAGUGGAUAUAUCAACUCUUGAGUGGCUUGCCGUGGCAAUUACUUAGCUGGAGUGUGUGCUUUCGUGUGAUUAAUCACGCUAAAGACUCACUGGUCGCAACCCAUUUUCCUGGUGUGCAACUGUAUGUAAAACUCAUUGUACAGCGGAUCUGAUACAGGUAGACAAGGAAGAGUCAUCUAGGAAGAAAGAAACAUGAUACUCUCUCGUAGUGAGAUUUAAGGAUCUGAUAUUUGCUUAUGCCCCUUUUGGACAAUGUAAUUGCUGAGAAAAUGCCUAGAGAACCUUUUCGUCUUCUGACAAAACAACACUUUCUUUUAGUUGAUGAUGAAAUGAUAACCAAAGCAUGGCUAGAGGCUGUUUA